AUGUUGCCAAGACUAUUCACAAGCGGAGGCAAUUUCAUGUCGAAGUUUUCCAUUGGAGAUCAAGAACAAACCCUCCGAAAUUACCGUUACCUCGAACUCGGACUCGGAUUCGGACUUAUGUGUUUUGGUACAGUAUUUAUUAGCAAUUAUGGAAGCAAGGUUCCUUAUUCUGACCGAGGCUUUUCAAUCUCAAUGUGA